GCACGUGAUAACCACUGCAUAUAAGAACCGGUCGAAUAUUAUAAUAUUAAGCUAUUGUGACUCGUCUGUCAAGGACUGUAGUAAUAUCAUUUAAAACAUCAAAUACAUAGUGUCAGUGUAGUCCUGUCCACGCCGCUGGGCGGUCGUGCUCGGUAAAACCAGUGUUGGUGUCUGACGCAACAAGUAGCGACAUACUUUUUUUUACAUAACGUGUUUUUUUUUCUGAUUUGGCCAGCUGACUGUUAUACACAAUGAUCCUGUACCUGAUAUGGGGCGCGGUGUUUGUCGUGGCGGUGUUACUAUACUUCCGUCAAGCUUACGCGCACUUCAAGAAGCGAGGAGUCAAGACCGACUCCGUAGUGCCUUUCUUUGGGUCCAUGUUACCAACCUUAACUGGUAAAGAACAUUUGGCUGAAACCCUCGACAGAUUGUAUAAAGCAUUUCCAAAUGAGAGAUUUGUUGGCAGAUUCGAGUUCACCAAGCCAUUAUUGAUGAUUCGAGACCUGGAGCUGAUCAAGAAAAUAACCAUCAAGGACUUCGAGCACUUUCUCGACCAUCGCGUCUUCAUUGAUGAGAAUAAAGACCCGCUGUUUGGAAGGAAUCUUCUUUCUUUGAGAGGUCAAGAAUGGAAGGACAUGCGUUUGACCUUGAGUCCAGCGUUCACCAGCUCCAAGAUGAAGUUGAUGCUGCCCUUCAUGAUGGAAGUCGGAGACCAGAUGGUGUUCAACCUUAAGAAGAAUAUCAAAGAAGGAAAAACUCCAUACCUCGACGUGGAUGCAAAGGAUCUGACCAGUCGUUUUGCUAACGAUGUUAUCGCCACAUGUGCAUUCGGUCUGAAAGUAGACUCUCACACGGAGCGGGACAAUCAGUUUUACGCGCAGGGACUCAAAGCCUCUUCCUUCAAGUUUAAACAGCUGAUAUUGUUCUUUAUGUCGUCUGCUUUCCCUAAACUUACGAAAUUUUUCGACAUGAAACUGUUCUCGGAGCAAACAAGCUACUUCUUUAAGAGCCUGGUGAUGGACACGAUGAAGGAUCGUGAAGCUCGUAACAUUCUGAGACCAGACUUGAUCCAUCUGCUCAUGGAAGCUAAAAAAGGAAAAAUCUCCCACGAAGACAAGACUGUUGACCGCGACGCAGGCUUCGCCACUGUUGAAGAAUCUGAUGUUGGCAAGAAAGACGUCAAUAAAUUGUGGUCCGAUACAGACCUGGUGGCUCAAGCCAUAUUGUUCUUCAUCGCUGGCUUUGAGACUGUUUCUUCUGCCUUAACCUUCCUUUUGUACGAACUAGCUAUUAACCCUGAUGUCCAAGAUAAACUAGUGCAAGAAAUCAAAGAAUUUCACGCUAAAAAUGGAGGAAAAUUAGACUACAGCGAUAUUCAGCAUAUGACAUACAUGGACAUGGUGGUUUCAGAACUUCUGAGGCUGUGGGCUCCUGGUAUCGCACUGGACCGCAUCUGUAUCAAGGACUAUAACCUGGGAAAACCUAAUGACGAGGCUACACAAGAUUACGUCAUUCGUAAAGGCGAAGGUAUUCAGAUCCCAGUAUUCGCGAUUCAUCGUGACCCACAGUACUUCGCCAACCCUAUGAAGUUUGAUCCUGAGAGAUUCUCAGAGGAAAAUAAGCGCAAUAUCAAGCCGUUCACUUACAUGCCUUUUGGACUUGGCCCCAGGAAUUGCAUCGGCUCACGAUUCGCGUUGUGUGAAGUGAAGGUGAUGGUAUACCAGCUGCUUCUCAAUAUGGAGCUAUCUCCAGGUCCCAAGACCCCCAUCCCAGUGAAACUGUCCACAGACACCUUCAACCUCAAGAUGCAGGGUGGACAUUUGUUGAGGUUCAAAAUUAGAGAAGCCAUGCUGCUGUUCCUGAUAUGGGGUGCGGUGCUGCUAGGAGCGCUGAUGCUCUACUUCCGCCAAGUGUACUCACACUUCAAGAAGCGAGGAGUGAAGACUGAACCAGUGGUGCCCUUCUUCGGGAACAUGUUAAGAAUCAUAAUGCGCAAGGAACAUAUGGCCGUUAGCCUCAAUACAUGCUAUAAAUCAUUUUCAGAAGAAAGGUUUGUAGGCAGAUUCGAGUUCACGAAGCCGCUGGUCAUAGUACGAGACUUGGAGCUGAUAAAGAAAAUAACCAUUAAAGACUUCGAACACUUUCUGGAUCACCGCGUCUUCAUCGAUGAGCAUAAAGACCCGCUUUUUGGAAGGAAUCUUUUCUCAUUGAAAGGGCAAGAAUGGAAGGACAUGCGAUCGACUUUGAGUCCAGCGUUCACCAGCUCCAAAAUGAAGCUGAUGCUGCCUUUCAUGAUGGAAGUCGGCGACCACAUGGUGCUCAACCUUAAGAAGAAUAUCAAAGAAAGUAAUACUGCAUAUCUGGACUUGGAUGCAAAAGACUUGACCACUCGCUUCGCCAAUGACGUCAUCGCCACAUGUGCGUUUGGUCUCAAGGUGGACUCCCAAGCCGACCGGGACAAUCAGUUCUAUGCGCAGGGCCUCAUCGCAUCUACUUUCAAGUUCAAACAGCUGCUCUUGUUCUUCUUGUCUUCUGCGUUUCCAAGUGUUGCAAAACGACUAAACAUAAAGCUAUUCUCGGAACAAACAACAAAUUUCUUCAUAUCUUUGGUGAUGCAGACGAUGCAAGAUAGGGAAGCACAUAACAUACUGAGACCAGACAUGAUCCAUCUGCUUAUGGAAGCUAAAAAAGGCAAGCUAGCACACGAAGAUAAAACAGCUGCAGAUCCUGAUGCAGGCUUCGCUACAGUCGAAGAAUCUGCUGUUGGCAAGAAGGAUAUCAAUAGAGUGUGGUCUGAUACAGACCUAGUGGCUCAAGCCAUCUUGUUCUUUAUCGCUGGUUUCGAGACUGUGUCGUCUACUAUAACCUUCCUUCUGUUCGAGCUGGCUGUUAACCCUGAUGUCCAAGAUAAACUGGUACAAGAAAUCAAAGAGUUCCACGCCAAGAACGGAGGAAAAUUCGACUAUAACGACAUUCAGCGUAUGACGUAUAUGGAUAUGGUAGUUUCAGAACUUCUCAGACUUUGGUCUCCCGGCAUUGCCCUAGACCGACUAUGCAUCAAGGACUACAACCUGGGUAAACCUAAUGACAAGGCAGCAGAAGAUUUCAUUAUCCGCAAAGGUGAAGGUCUCCAGAUCCCAAUGUGGGCAAUCCAUCGCGACCCACAGUACUUCCCCAACCCUGAGAAAUUUGACCCCGAAAGAUUUUCAGAGGAAAACAAGCACAAAAUCAAGCCAUUCACUUACUUGCCAUUUGGACUUGGCCCGAGAAAUUGCAUUGGCUCACGUUUCGCGCUGUGUGAAGUGAAAGUGAUGAUUUAUCAGCUGCUGCUGCACAUGGAAGUGGCUCCAGGACCCAAGACUCGUAUUCCUCUGGAGCUGGAGACAGAGUCCUUCAACAUCCGGAUGAAAGGCGGACACUGGCUGAGAUUUAAAAUUAGAGAGUAACAAAAAUAAUCAGAUGAUAUAGGAAAUGUAAAGAAGUAUUCAAAAUAUAAAAUAAAUAGAUAAAUCAAGUUUUUAUUAAGUUUAAAAAUACUUUUUUAGAAAUUAAGUUAUUUUCUUAAAUAAUUAUUAAAUUAUAUCAAAAUAUUAAAUAGAAUUGGUGAAGACGAAAAAAUGUUGCUAUUAAAGUAGAGCCAAUGAAUUCUGGUGUUUCUGUGAUUCCUUUGUUAUAUAAAUUAUAUUAAUAUAUAACAUUAUGUUUAAGAAUAAAGAAAGCAUAACGACUA